AUGAAAGACCGUUACCGUCAUAGGAAAACGAUAAGACACGAACACUUUGAGAAACGGUACAAUGGACCAGAGGAUUGGGAGAAGGUUCUAAACAACCCAACCAAGGAUGUUAACAAGGAGGAGUGGACGCAGAUCUAUCAGUUAUUUACAAGUCCAAAAUUUAUUGCGCACUCCGUAAAGAAAAAGGAAAAUCAGAAGAAACAGAAGUAUUUUACAACGCAGGGUACAAAAUCGCUGGCAGUCAUUCGUCACAAAAAAGCUAACCCAGACCUUAUUGAGUCAUGGAAGGAAUACUACUGGAAGAAAACAACAAAUGAUUUCGUGAACGACGAUGCUCGCCAAGAUUAUAUGUCGCCUAUGCCUGAUAGCAACAAUAUUUCUGGAACUUCAUCUUCUCAACCUCCAGCUCCAACCCAUCCUUCCAUGUACGAGGCAGCGCCGUCUCAACAUAUGGUACCUCCAUACAUGUGCGGAGCAACACCAUCACCUUAUCUGUGGCUGAUUCCACCAUCGUCACAGCCACCGUAUCCCUACAUGUAUGGAGUAGGAUCGUCCACAUCUCCUCCCCAAUAUCCUUGGCCAAUGCCACCGCCGCAUCCACCACAGCAACCAUAG